AUGGAAGAAAUAGUACAAAAAAAUUCGCAACUCUUGAGUCCAGAGAAAGAGAUGAGUAUCAUGGUAUCAGCUUUGAAGCACGUGAUUUCAGGUGGAGAUGGAGGAGAACAACAGAUAUCACCUGAUGAUGGUAGUAGUAGUGGUGGCGGCAAUGGAAACAGAGUGAAGAGGAAGUACAAUAAAAAGGGAUACAGGGGAGUACGGCAAAGGCCGUGGGGGAAGUGGGCGGCGGAGAUAAGGGACCCACACAGGGCGGUCCGAGUGUGGCUCGGAACUUUCAACACCGCCGAGGAUGCUGCCAGGGAGUACGAUCGAGCUGCCGUUCGAUUUCGAGGUUCGCGUGCCAAGCUUAAUUUCUCCCUCUCUGAUUACCUCCCACAACUUGAAGGGUGGCAACAACAACAUCAAAAGAUUAAUAAAGAAGUCAAAGAUCAUCAUCAUCAUAGAAAUCUAGAGCCGGAGGAGACUAGUGGUUUCGUUCAAAUAACUGAUGGCGACGAACUUGAGCAUUGGGUGAACGACAUGAUCGACAAUACCCUUCCAUUCAAAACACCCGACUAG